AGUAGCCCACAUCAGCUCUGAGACGCGGGGCGUGGACUCAAACCAAACUCCUCUGCCCUUAAAUUUGAGGAGACGGAGGACUUUCGGGAAAAAAGAAAAGGAACGAGAAAUCUGUCGACUAUCAGCUGGCUACAUGUUCCUGAUCUCUAAAGAAAGGCUGCCCACAGUAUAACCAUGGAUGACAUCUUCACACAGUGUCGAGAGGGGAACUCUGUAGCUGUCCGCCUGUGGUUGGACAACACAGAGAAUGACCUCAACUUGGGAGAUGAUCACGGCUUCAGCCCGCUCCACUGGGCAUGCAGGGAGGGGAGGAGCGGUGUUGUUGACAUGCUUAUCAUGAGGGGUGCUCGUAUCAACGUGAUGAACCGAGGAGACGACACCCCUCUCCAUCUGGCCGCCAGUCAUGGACAUAGAGACAUUGUAGCGAAGCUAAUUCAGUGCAAAGCCGACCCCAACACAGUCAAUGAGCACGGGAACACGCCGCUCCACUAUGCCUGCUUCUGGGGCCAAGAUGAAGUGGCAGAGGACUUGGUGACCAGUGGGGCCCAGGUGUGUGUAUGCAACAGGUAUGGACAGACACCUCUGGACAAGGCCAAGCCUCACCUAAGACAGCUGCUUGAAGAAAAGGCAGAGAAAUUGGGUCAGAGUAUGACCAAAGUCCCUUACAAGGAAACUUUCUGGAAGGGCACCAUGCGGACGAGGCCUCGUAAUGGUACCCUCAACAAACAGGCGGGUAUUGAUUAUAAGCAACUUUCACUCCUGGCAAAGAUCAAUGAAAACCAGUCUGGAGAGUUGUGGCAGGGUCGAUGGCAAGGGGAUGAGAUUGUGGUGAAGGUGCUACAAGUGAGAGACUGGACCACCAGGAAGAGCAGAGACUUCAACGAGGAGCAUCCCAAACUCAGGAUCUUUUCUCACCCAAACAUCCUGCCUGUUCUUGGAGCAUGCCAGGCACCUCCAUCCCCUCACCCCAUCAUCAUCGCACACUACAUGCCAUAUGGAUCCCUCUUCAACAUACUCCACCAAGGCACCACUCUGGUAGUUGACCAAAGCCAGGCAGUGAAGUUUGCAUUGGACAUAGCCAGUGGUAUGGCAUUCCUCCACACCUUAGAACCAAUGGUUUCACGGCUUUACCUCAACAGUAAACAUGUCAUGAUUGAUGAGGACAUGACAGCCAGAAUCAGCAUGGCAGAUGCAAAGUUCUCCUUCCAGUGUCCUGGUCGAAGUUAUUCUCCAGCAUGGAUGGCCCCUGAAGCUCUGCAGAAGAGGCCUGAAGACAUCAACAGAAGAUCUGCAGACAUGUGGAGCUUUUCAGUGUUGCUGUGGGAGCUGGUUACCAGAGAGGUCCCAUUUGCUGAUCUCUCCCACAUGGAGAUAGGCAUGAAGGUGGCUCUCGAAGGCCUUCGACCAACCAUCCCUCCAGGGAUUUCUCCUCACAUCUGUAAGCUAAUGAGGCUCUGCAUGAACGAAGACCCAGCUAAGAGGCCUAAGUUUGACAUGAUUGUUCCCAUCCUGGAGAAGAUGCAAGACAAGUAAAUGCCACGGCAACAAUACUACGUUUUGUUGUAGUUGUUCUUUUUUCUUCAAACCACUCUGUAUCUUCACUACCAUCAUGUAUCUGCUAAGCCACUGUAAAUAAUGUCCGAGACCACUUCAGCUACACAACUCAAACAACAAGUAUUAUAAUGUUUAUCUUGUAUAAUUUAAUUUUUGAGGUAUAAAUGUUCUUAAAGCUGAUUUACUAAAUGUUGCUCUUUAUUAUAGCUGACAUGUUCUUUGAACUGUUGGCUUUUUUUGACUCAGAAAGAAACAGAUCCAAAGAUGUGUGUAUAAGAACAAUGCUUUUAUACACAUGAGCAAAUACCAAUGCAAUAAAUGUUUUAUAUUUAUGGAAAA